CGCAGAGUGGCUUCUCCCCGCGGUACCAUAAAGCAAGGAAGCCAUGGCGCCCCGUAUAGCUUCGGCGGAAGAGGUUCGCAAAAGAAAGAUCAUUGGUAUCAACCCAGAAACGGUCACGCAUAUCUCCGCCACAGACUUCCCGGGACAUUGGCCAGGAGAAGACCAUUCUUGGUCUGUGAAUAAGUUUAAAGAAAACUUUCAAGUCACUUUCCACAAGAAUGACUCUUUCGAGGCUACCUUUUCCCUAAUCGGAGUCGAUGCUGCCGUUGCGAAUGCUUUUCGACGUAUCCUUAUUGCCGAAAUCCCCUCUCUUGCCAUCGAGUUCGUUUUCAUUCACAACAAUACCUCUGUGCUACAUGAUGAAGUUCUCUCCCACCGGCUAGGCCUCGUUCCGUUGAAGGGUUCUCUUGAGGGUAUCAAUUGGAUGAGCUGGUUUAGAAUGCCCAAAGAAGGAGAACCUGAUUCUGGUAGCCCGGCCAGUGAUUCUAACACUAUCGUUCUAAAACUCAACGUGGAGUGCACAAAGAACCAAAACGCACGUCCCGACGAGGACGAUCCUACGAAACUCUAUAAUAAUGCACACGUCUACGCCAAGGACAUUGUUUUCGAGCCCGUGGGCCGUCAGGCUGCAAUUUUUUCGGGACCGCACGGAGUGAUUCAACCCGCAUAUCCGGACAUUCUGCUCGCAAAGCUACGGCCGGGACAGAAGAUUGAUAUUGAGAUGCAUUGUAUUAAGGGAAUCGGGCAGGAUCAUGCCAAAUUCUCUCCGGUAGCGACAGCAUCGUAUAGACUCCUUCCAGAUAUCCAAAUCACGCGCCCAAUACUCGGAAACGAUGCUGUUAACUUUGCAAACUGUUUCCCGAAGGGAGUUAUUGGGAUCGAGCAGGUGACGGCGGAAGACGCAGCGCAAGCGGGGAGCGGAUACGAAGGACAAGAAGGAGAAAAGAAAGCUGUGGUUGUGGAUCCUUUCAAAGACACUGUUAGCAGAGAGUGUUUGCGUCACGAGGAGUUCAAAGGCAAGGUUAAGCUUGGCCGCGUCCGGGAUCAUUUCAUUUUCAAUAUUGAGAGCGUGGGACAGUUUAACAGCGAUCUGCUCUUCCUUGAGAGCGUCAAGGUCCUAAAACUCAAGUGCGCGAGAUUGAAGCGGAAUGUUGCCGCGUUGGCUGACAUGACUAACACGCAACUAGCAUAGACGUGCUAGUAUGUUGGGUUUGCGAUCAUCUUGCAUUUAGGCGUUCGUUUAUAAAAGGAACCUGAUUUUUUCUUGCGUUGCGAUGAUAAACUUGGGAGUUAUUGCGGGAAAUACAUAUCUGGGCUGUAUAUAUGUAAUUUUAGGAUUUUCUGUU